CAACUGCAUAUAUCCUGUAUAGCACCUAGAGCUACUUCGACCUCAUGCUUUGCUGCUUCCGGGUCCAUCACCAAAAAGCUCGAAAUAAUGCCUUAAUUUCUAAUUACCAUCCUAAACCAUAUAUACCGAAGUAAUACAGGAAAACAAACCCCUCCCAACCACCAAUGGCUUCCAACACCCUCCGCAUGGAUCCCAAGAUGGAUCCCCGCAUGGAAACCGCCCGGAAGAUAAGCGCCCAGCGACUUCCCCCGCCCGUUCUCUUCCAAGGUCCGCCCUCGCACAGUGGCUCCAACAUCUCCAUCCCACCACCGCCUGCGGCAGUCGGCGUUAGCCCCAGUGGUAGGACAGGGCCCGGGGCUGGCAGAGCAGGAAGUCAAUCGCCGCCUCCGCUGCAACGAAAUCGAUCCGCCCGUGGCAUUGAAACCCCUGGCGCCUUUGCCUCGCCGUUCCUCACCCGCAAGCAGUCCAAGGGCGACAUCGAUGGCUCCGAUGCCAUCUGGCAGGAGAUGCAGAGCGCACUUUCGGAGGUGGAACUGAGCGCCACCACGGGUGAGCAUGUGUUUGGUGAGAGGCAUUCGGAGGCGCUGGAGGAGCUCCGGGCGAAGCAGCUAAAGCUCGCGCAGGCGUGGGCUCGCAGUGAGGCGGAUGACAAGACUGGUGAUGCGAAAGAGGCGGUCCCGGCCAAAGGAUCUGCCGCUGCGCAGGGUCAGGGGUCGCGGGGUGUAGCCGGCGCUGGCGCUGGAGCCUCUGGGGAACCGGCUACCGCGGAGGAUGGCACCGCUGCUCGGAACCUGGAUGAGGAGACUGAGAAGGACAUUCUGCUGGCGCGUGAGAGACGUGAGGCAAACGAUCGUUACUUUGACCGUGUGAACAAUGGUGUGCUGGACGUUGUGGCCAAGUUGGAGGAGGUGGCCCAGGCUAUGCGCGCUGUCGAGCGAGAGAGCCAGGAUAUCUGGAGUGAUAGCAGUAGUCUGAGCACGGCGACACAGACUACAGCAGAUGCCGGGUGAAUCCAUUGGAGGUGGAUUGGCAGCUGAAGCGCUCCAUGUCAGCCAGAUGGCUCUGUCCAAGCGGAAGUCAAGGUGGUAUAGCCCGCCUAUCCAGUAUCCAUACUGAACCACGGCGAGAAACGUCCAUUGUAUGUAUAUGCCCUGUCCCUUUGUGGCAGACACAAGCCGAAAAUACAAUGUAAAACCACGAACCCAAGAGGAGAAG